AUGGACCUCUGUGUACAUUAUGGUGAACACAGCCCCAUUAUGGUGAACACAGCCCCCAUGUUGACGCUGUGCCUGGGUGGACUCUGUCACUACUUCCUGGUUGUCUUCGGCCAUGAUGGCCAGAAGCCUCUGGAGCUGCGGACAGAGGAGGAGGCAGACUGCGACGAGUGGGUGGACGCCAUCCAGCAGGCCAGCUACUCUGACAUCAUCAUCGAGCGUGAGGUACUGAUGCAGAAGUACAUCCACCUGGUGCAGAUUGUGGAGACAGAGAAGGUGGCAGCAAAUCAACUCCGCACUCAGCUGGAGGACCAGGACACUGAGAUUCAGAGGCUCAAAGCUGAGAUUGUUGUCCUGAAUAAAACCAAGGAGAGACUGCGGCCUUACCAGACAAGUCAAGAGGAGGAGGACCCGGAUAUUAAAAAGAUUAAGAAGGUUCAGAGCUUCAUGCGUGGCUGGCUCUGCAGACGGAAGUGGAAGAUCAUUGUUCAGGACUAUAUCUGCUCUCCCCACGCAGAGAGCAUGAGGAAGAGGAACCAGAUCGUCUUCAACAUGGUGGAAGCCGAGACGGAGUACGUGCUCCAGCUCUCCAUCCUGGUCAACUGCUUCCUGCGACCGCUCCGCAUGGCUGCCAGCUCCAAGAAGCCACCCAUCAGUCACGAUGAUGUCAGCAGCAUCUUCCUCAACAGUGAGACUAUCAUGUUUCUGCAUGAGAUAUUUCACCAAGGCCUAAAGGCCAGGAUAGCCAACUGGCCCACGUUAGUUUUAGCUGACCUCUUUGACAUCUUGUUGCCGAUGCUCAACAUCUAUCAGGAAUUUGUGCGGAACCACCAGUACAGUCUGCAGGUGCUGGCCAACUGCAAACAGAACCGGGACUUUGACAAGCUCCUGAAGCAGUAUGAAGCCAAUGCUGCCUGUGAGGGGAGGAUGCUGGAGACAUUUCUCACCUACCCCAUGUUCCAGAUCCCCCGCUACAUCAUCACCCUCCAUGAGCUGCUGGCCCAUACUCCUCACGAGCACAUAGAACGCAAGAGCCUGGAGUUUGCCAAGUCCAAACUGGAGGAGCUGUCCAGAGUGAUGCAUGAUGAGGUGAGCGACACGGAGAACAUCCGAAAGAACCUGGCCAUCGAGCGCAUGAUCGUGGAGGGCUGUGACAUCCUGCUGGACACCAGCCAGACUUUCGUGCGCCAAGGAUCUCUGAUCCAGCUUCCGUCAGUGGAGCGGGGGAAGCUCAGUAAGGUGCGGUUGGGCUCUCUGUCUCUGAAGAAGGAGGGGGAGCGCCAGUGUUUCCUCUUCACCAAGCACUUCCUCAUCUGCACCCGCAGCUCCGGGGGCAAGCUGCACCUGCUCAAACAGGGUGGGGCGCUGUCUCUGAUCGAGUGCACGCUGAUUGAGGAGCUGGAUGCCAGCGAGGAGGAGGCCAGUGCAACAGGGCAGGUGUUCAGCCACCUAGAGUUCAAGAUCGUGGUGGAGCCCCCGGAUGGCCCGUCCUUCACGGUGGUACUGCUGGCGCCCUCGCGGCAAGAGAAGGCAGCAUGGACCAGCGACAUCAGCCAGUGCAUCGACAACAUCCGCUGCAACGGCCUGAUGACCAGCGUGUUCGAGGAGAACUCCAAAGUCACCGUGCCUCACAUGAUUAAAUCCGAUGCGCGUCUCCAUAAAGACGAUGUUGACAUUUGCUUCAGCAAGACGCUCAACUCGUGCAAGGUCCCCCAGAUCCGCUACGCCAGCGUGGAGCGGCUGCUGGAGAGGCUGACGGACCUGCGCUUCCUCUCCAUCGACUUCCUCAACACCUUCUUGCACACCUACCGCAUCUUCACCACUGCUGCCGUCGUCAUGGACAAGCUGGCCGACAUCUACAAGAAGCCCUUCACCUCCAUCCCGGUCAGGGUCCAGUAUCACUCAUCUGACCGCUUGUCCAUCACCUCCAUCUGUCCAGACUACAGCCUGAAGAUCACAAGACUAGCCCUGGAUCAGUCAAAGUCCCUGGAGCUCUUCUUUGCUACGAACCAGAGUGGCCGUGGGGGGGAACACGCAAAUGAAAAGUCCCCCAACUUGUGUCGCAAGUUCUCGUCCCCGCCCCCGCUCUCCAUCCCCUCCCGCACCUCCUCGCCCGUGUGCACCCGCAAGCUGUCCCUCAGCUCACCCGUCAGCUCCAAGGUGGGUGCCCUGGACCUGUCCACCACCUGCUCCUCCUCCGCUGCCAGCAGCCCCACCUCCACAUGCAACCCCACCAUGUCUCCCCCGCCCACCAGCACCAAGGCCCCCCUGGACCUGAGCCGGGGGCCCUCCUCGCCCGAGCAGAGCCCUGGAGUCCCAGAGGAAGGGGCGGAGCUGCCUCGCAUCGACGCCUUCUGUGGGAAACUGAGGCGGAGCAUCCGGAGAGCCGUGCUGGAGUCUGUGUCACUGGACAAGUUCAUACCAGAGACCCCAUCAGCUGGUGAAGCGGGUGAUGUGUCUCCCUGCCGGUCACCCUCCACACCCCGCCACCUCCGUUAUAGGCAGACUGGAGUCCAGACAGCCGAGAACACCCGCUGCUCUGUCUCUCCCGCUUCUGCCUUUGCCAUCGCCACAGCUGCAGCUGGCCACAGUAGCCCACCAGGUUUUAACAAUUCAGAGAGGACUUGUGACAAAGAGUUCAUCAUACGCAGGGCGGCCACCAACAGAGUCCUGAAUGUCUUACGCCACUGGGUCUCCAAGCAUUCUCAGGACUUUGAGAUGAAUUGUGAACUGAAGAUGGGUGUUAUCUCCCUGCUGGAGGAGGUGCUUCGUGACCCAGACCUCCUGCCCCAGGAGAGGAAAGCCACAGCAAACAUACUGAGCGCUCUUUCUCAGGAUGACCAGGACGAUGCCCAGCUGAGGAUAGAGGACAUCCUGCAGAUGGCUGAGUGUCCGAAAGCAGAGUGCCUCGAGUCAUUGUCAGCAAUGGAGUUGGCCGAACAAAUCACCCUACUGGACCACAUUGUCUUCAGGAGCAUCCCCUAUGAGGAAUUUUUGGGUCAGGGCUGGAUGAAGGUGGACAAGACUGAAAGGACCCCAUAUAUCAUGAAGACCAGCCAACACUUCAAUGAUAUGAGCAACCUGGUGGCAUCCCAAAUCAUGACCCACACAGACGUCGGCUCCAGGGCCAACUCUAUAGAGAAGUGGGUGGCUGUCGCCGACAUCUGCCGCUGCCUUCACAAUUACAACGGGGUGCUGGAGAUCACCUCUGCCCUCAAUCGCAGUGCCAUCUAUAGGCUGAAGAAGACAUGGGCUAAGGUCUGCAAGCAGACAAAAGCACUAAUGGACAAGCUGCAGAAGACAGUCUCCUCUGAGGGAAGAUUUAAGAAUCUGAGGGAAACUCUAAAAAACUGUAACCCCCCGUGUGUCCCUUACUUGGGGAUGUACCUGACAGACCUGGCCUUUAUUGAGGAGGGGACGCCCAACUUCACAGAGGAGGGCCUGGUCAACUUCUCCAAGAUGCGGAUGAUAUCACACAUAAUCAGAGAAAUACGACAGUUCCAGCAGACACCCUACAGGAUAGAGCACCAGCCCAAGGUCACGCAGUACCUGCUGGACAAAACCCUCAUCAUGGAUGAAGACACCCUGUACGAACUGUCCCUGAAGAUUGAACCCAGGCUCCCAGCCUGAGGGAUGUCUGUGACAGAAGAAGGCAUAGGUGCCCACAAGCCUGGCACUUUAUCAAGCUUUCUGUCAUGCAGGGGGGAGAGGAAGAAUGAAAACGACAGAGAGUGGAAAGAGAAGGAAGGAGUAGGUGGCUGUACUUUCCAGAAUCUUGCCUUUGCUGUGUUUCGGCAGGAGGACAUGAAAGCUGCUGUCAUCUGGUAUAUGUAAACAAACAUGCUGGAGGUGGAGCUUGGGACAUUCAUGGUUGACCUUGGUUGAAUGUUGAUUCAUGGUCAAAGGAAAAUCACUAGCAAGAGGUAUUCAUGUACAGCAGAUGAUGCAGGGGAAGAAGUGGGGAACUGUUUGACCCGUACUUUGUCCCUGAUUCAUUUUAAGCUGAGGGUG